AUGAUGCAAAUCUCUCGAAAACGAAGAGAUUCGCUGGGAGGAGCUGGCUCUGAUUUAAUGGUUGUUCUCGAUAGGACAUCAUCAUUCGGCAGCAGCAUUAAUAACCACCAUCAUCAUAGUUUUCUUCAACAAAGGCAUGAACUACAAACGCACCGCUCUCAUUACGGAAAUGAUAAGGAAAAUAAGGAAGACUCUUCAAAUCAUCGUUCGGAUGCCUGUCAUCAUCAUUCUUCUAUCAACGAUAUUAGUUCAGUAGUACAUACGGACGAGGAGAGAAUGAAUCAGUUAUCUCGGGAAACAACAUCAACCGUUGAAGGAACAAAUAAUAAUAGUAUUGAUCAUGACACUCCAUCGUCGAUGGAUCAUGACCACGAUUACAACGAAGAUAGAGAUAGUGUAUUGAUGUUGGACAGUGAUGAAGAGGCAUACAACAAUAAUGAUGACUCUGAGUUCGUGCAUCACAAUAAUAAGGUAAAAAUAUUUCCUUUCCUUGAUGAUGACAUUUCAUCACCCUCAAAAAAGAAGUAUAAGAAGAAAUCAAAAUCUUCAUCACAUCAAAACCAACAAAAAUACGUUCAAUGCCAUGACGAUCAAUCGAGUAGAAUAAUUUCAAAGCAACUGGAAAAAUCCUCUCGUAUCAAACCACGAGUUGAACUUGGAAGAAUUAGCCCUUCUCCAUUUAGCGUUUGCUCUCCUCCUCCCGUCCUUCGAAAAAGCCCAGCCCUUCCUAUUGACACUUUUCACAACAGCUCUUUCACAAACAAAAAAAACCAGCAAGAAUCAAAGUCUCAUCUAAUAUCAAGUUUGGAGAAAGCACUUUCUGUCAAACUCCCCCAACAAAGUUCACUUAUUCAGCAUCAGCGUAAUCUCUCGACCACAAUCAAAACCAAUGAAAGUCCCCUUAAACAGCGACCGCUUUCUAUGAAAGUUGGUAAAAGCUCGAACAACACAAAAUCUGAUUCAUCUAAGAGACCUCAAUCUUCCUCCUCCUCCAUCUCCCAAAAACAUGUAAAUAUUUUGAGUCAUCCCAAAGAGCCGCUCCCUGAGGAUUAUGUAGGCUCUACUCUUUGCUCUGUUAGCUCGAAAAUUCAAGCCAAACACAAGGAGCAUUUCUCACUUACCACCAAUCCAAUUUUGAUUGUAGCCAAUAGGAGCCAAUACCAAGAAAAAGUUAAAGGAGUAUCCCUCAAUACUCAGAAAUCCUCCUCUGAGAAGCAUCAACUUCCUCCCACCGUACGAAAUAUUAUUCGUGACUCUUCGAUACCUACCGUGUCACCUUCAUCAUCACUUCACCUUCCUCAACCACCAAAGAAAAAGCGUCUAACUCCAGCAGAUUUAGGUUUUUCGUAUGACAAGAGUGCGGAUUUAGAUCGAGAGUUACCUGCCUCAUGCUCCUUAAAUACUAAGAAAGUCAUAAUGCAAACCCUCAUCAAUUCAUGGAUCGGUAUUGGUUCUCCACUUACAGAUGAUUUACGAAAACCCUUGAAUGUAAAACCCAGUAAGAUUAUUUCCACCAACACAGAAGAACGAAGGAAAGAGAUUCUCAAGCUCAUGUUUAAAGAUAGACAAGCUAGUGUUCAAGCCAAGCUCAGCAGUAAGAAUAAGGACAAAAACAAGUUAUCUUGA